AUGUCGCUUAUGGCCAACGAUCCUGGUGAGCUCUCGCUCAGCAAGCUCCUCUCAACUCUCACCCACACGGUCCAUCCAACCACUUACGUCUUCGCCACGUUCACCAAUACCUCCAAUCUACCACCCCUAUCCGAAACGCAAAUGUUCUUCAGGGAGUCUGAAGGAAUCACGGUGAUUACUAGCAAGGACUACGCAGAGUCACACAAGGUCGAAUACUUCUUUCCCUGCAAAAUGAUCAGUCUCAAUGUCACAUCGAGCUUGGAAGCUGUCGGAUUCAUGGCGGUCAUCGCGACAAGACUAGCGGCAAAGGGCAUUGGUUGUAAUCCGGUUAGUGGUUUCUAUCAUGAUCAUAUCUUUGUGCCUCUUGGUCGGGAGGAGGAGUCAUCCGAAGUGUUGGUGCAAAUAGCGGCGGAGAAGAAGUAA